AUGGACGAAGACUUCUUAGAAGCAUGUGUCGUGGAGCGUUUCGAGAUUGGAACGCAGGACUUGGACUGGGAGGAGUUGGGUGGCAAUUUGAGCUGGCAGCAACCGGUUGAUGCGAGCCUGGUUGCACAUUAUGUCGCCUACCUGGCCACAACACCGGUUGGGGCAGACAGAGCACACGUAGCAGAGUUGGAGGCAGGAUCGACGGUAACCGCCAUCAGCGAAGACACGGCUGUUGAGAAUUACACCCAUCUGCUCCUCUACACCAAGUCCAUACUGGUGGAGCAGACCACCCCAGUGGCUGUAAACAUCAGCGACACUGUGGCGAGCGUGUCGUCAGUUGAAUUCGUAGACCAGGAUCUGGAUAUUGAUGACCUGGGUGGCGAUGUCGCGUGGGCAGAGCCCGUCAGCGACAUUGAAUUUGUCCACUUCUACGAUGUGUAUCUUGCCAACAGCAGUGCUGGUGCGUUCCGCUCGCAGCUGGGGCUUCCAAUACCACAGGGCCUGGCACAGACGAGAGUGCCCGUGGAUUUGACGAAGGGGCUCUUCACCGACAUCGUUGUCUACACUCGCUCCGUCCUUGUGGAGCAGACAACUCCGGUCGGGGUGGCAAUCAGCGACACCUCAUCCGACGUGCAGAAUGUGACGUUCACAGAUCUUGACCUCGAUCUCGGGGACCUCGGGGGGCACGUCUACUGGGAGACGCCACUGGAGUCCUCCCAGGUGGCCGCUUAUCGUGUGUACCUGGCGUUCGAUGAAACCGGCAGGUCACGGUCGCAAAUCGGCACAGACGUCUUUGUAAACUCGUCUCGCGCUGCCCUCUUACAACCAGAUCACACAACUGGCUCGUACAGGCAAAUCACCGUGUACAGCAAGUCUGACCUUGCUGAGCAGACCACCCCAGUCGCAUUCCAGUUGCAAGACACCGAGUCUGUUGUGACGGACACGAACUUCACAGACCUUGAUCUGGAUGGUGCGGAGCUCGGUGGUACCAUCUUUUGGUCGCCUGCUGGAGACAUGGACUUGGUGGUCGCCUACGACCUGUACUUGAGCGAAAGCGCCUCUGGGGAGUCUCUGUCUCGCAUCAAUGAGUCCUUGCCUGUCGGCACUCACGAUCUGUUUGUGCCUCCUGAACUCCCACUGGGAAGGAGCACACACAUCGUGAUCUUUACUCGAUCUUCCUUGGUUGAGCAAACCACGCCUGCCUUCAUCAACAUCAGUGAUGCCGAUUGGAACGUGCCAGAGGUGUCUUUCUUCGAUAUGGACCUAGACGGAGGUGACUUCGGGGGACAGGUGAGCUGGUUGCCACCAGAUGAAGUCGUGCUCGUGGCCCACUACUCUGUCUACUUGGCUGCGAACACCUCUGGCGACCUCCGUUCCCAGAUAGGUCAGGAUGUCCCCAAGGGCACGAACUAUGUGGACCUCCUGCCCGAGCAGCCACAAGGACCCCACUCUCACAUCGUUGUCUACACGAAGUCCACGCUGGUCGAGCAGACCACUCCGUCCUUCCUCGAACUCAAUGACACCGCCUCUUCCGUUUCCGGGAUUGUGUUCGUUGACCGAGAUCUUGACGAAGAGGAGCUGGGAGGCGACAUUACUUGGGUCAAGCCCAUCGACUUCUCGCAAGUCACGCUCUACUCGGUUUAUCUGUCAGCCACCUUCGAUGCUGAAAACCGGUCAAGGGUCGCGGAGGACCUCCCAAUCGGUACAAACAUAGCUCAGCUGCCGGCUGAGACGCCCAUCCGUUGGUUCGAGUAUGUCAACAUUUAUACCAAGUCGCCUGUGAUUGAGCAGACGACCCCGGCGUCACUGCUGAUCUCAGACACGAACGUGCAGCUUGCCGAUGUGGAGUUCCUGGACCAGGACUUGGAUGAAGAGGAGCUGGGUGGCAAUGUCACCUGGGCGGUCACACGCGACCUUGGGCUUAUCUCCCACUUCACUGUGUAUUUCACCGAGAACGAUACCUGGGAGACGGGGCGCAGCAGGGCCGGGCAGGAUGUCGCACCGGCGGAAUUUGCUGAGCUGUUUGUCCCGCCAGACACCGAGCCGCCUUUGGAGACUUACAGCUGGGUUUCAGUUUUUCCAAGCUCCCUGAUUGCCGAGCGGACCACACCCUUCGCGGCGCCAAUCAACGACACCAUCUCACCUGUGCUGAAUGUUUCCUUCCUGGACCUGGAUUUAGAUUUGAGUGAUCUUGGGGGAAACAUUUCCUGGGAGCCACCGCUGGAAGCCUCGCAGGUCACCCACUACCUGGUAUACCUGGCUGCGAAUGCUUCCGGAGCCGGGCGAUCCAUGGUCGGCAAGGUACCAUACGAUUCGCUGUCGACACUGCUGGAUGCAGAAACUCCACGGCUCGACCAAGACUACGUCGUCGUUUACACUCGAUCCUACUUGGUGGAGUCGACUACUCCGUCGCACUUCCCCAUCUCGGACGCUUACUCCGUCGUUCAGGUGAACUUCACUGACAAGGAUCUAGACGACUCGCAGAUUGGAGGCACACUUUCCUGGACCACUCCUGAGCCAGACUUCAACCCCUUGGUGUCGUUCUUCACUCUGCAUCUUGCAGACGACGCGUUCGGCUUCAACCGUUCGCAGAUUGGGUCGACCAUGCCUUGGGAUCUUCAGGAGGCAGCUCUGCCACCUGAACUCUACUAUGACACGGCUACGCACUUCGUUGUGUUCACUGGCAGCACACUGGUGGAGCAGACGACGCCAUCGGCGCUAGCAAUUUACGACACGGAUGCCAGCGUCUCCAACAUAACGUUUCAAGACAAGGACCUUGAUAAGUCCGAGAUGGGUGGCGACAUCUUCUGGGAUGCACCGGUGGAUGCUGACCAGGUCACCUACUACGCCGUCUUUAUACGUCCAGACCCACUGGGCCAGCGAUCGCAGGUGGCAGGUUACGGUCCAGCUGGUCUUGUUCCUGCCGGGGUGGAGCAAGAGUUCAUCAAUGCUGACACCUCGAUUGGUACGUUCCAGGAAGUGGUUGUGUACACGCGCUCCAGCCUCGUGGAGCAAUCAACAGCCGUGGCACUUCCGAUUGUAGAUGAAUUCGCUACCGUGGGCAGCAUCCACUUCAUGGACAGUGACCAGGACAUCGACAUGUUGGGCGGGGAGUUCUUCUGGGUUCCACCGAAUGACACUUCAGAGGUGGCAUUCUAUGUCGGCUACUUUGCGAUUACCCCAGGCAUGUUGGAUUCAGGAAGCCGCAGGUUCGAGUUCGAGAUCCUUGGCCACCUCAACUCCUACGACUUGCCGUUCCAGACCCCACAGUCAGGGUACAACUACUUCUCCAUCUACACGAAGUCUUCACUCGCAGAGCAGACGACUCCCAACUCUGUCGAAGUCAUCGACUUUUGCCAGAAUGUGCCUACUUUGGAGAAUCAGUCUCUGUAUGUGGAGGAAGGCGUCCACUUGCUGAACAUCUAUGAUGUUCCGGAAGUCGUCAUCACGAAGUUUACAGGAGUCAGCGAGGACGGACUGUCUCUGGAAUUCGCACCUUUGCGGCGCGGCCCUGUCUACAUGAUCAUCACGGACACCGUUGCCGUGGCAGGCAUGACCAACACGGAUGUGCAGUCGCUGGUCAAUGCCCUAGGUGGGCCCAGUUGCCGCAUCCCGGGAAAUCUCAUGGUGAGCUGCACAAACAUCACCUUCCAGCUCUCCGGGUGCUCGCUGAGCGUUGGGGGCAGCUUCAACUAUCGCCUUUGGGUCCUCCAAGAGGCUGAGGAAACUGGCACUAUUGGAGAGGCAGCCUACAUUGAUUUCAUUGUGGCUUCCGUCGUCUUCGACCAAGGUCCCUUCAUCUACUUUCGGAAUGCUUCUUCCGUCGCCCUGCAGUAUAUCCCCAGCCACGAGGGCUUCGAGUGGAUGUAUGCUGUCCCCACCGCUGGCGGAUAUGCUGAUCAGGUGCUUCUUGGCGAUGACCGGAUCAUGUGGGUCCGGAGAGUGAAAUCGAUGUACCUGGCUUCUGAAGGUAGAAAGUGCCAAAACGCGCGAGUACCCAUUCUCGGAAAAGAAGCAAAAAUCUCUUUCCUCUAUGACUGCGAGUUCACGCUUGGCCAGGAGUACCGAAUCUUCAUUCUCCUCGAAGAUGGGUUCAACCGACACGAUGGCACACUGAAAACCGUGGACUUCGUCUACCAGGGAGAGAUGACCGUGAACUCGGCCAUUCCCUACUCACACCCGGUGCCCUCCGCCACGAGGUGGCGCUUGGUCCCUCUCAGUCUGGUUUCGACGGAGUGGAAGGUCCAGCACUUGCGGAUGUUCUCGGAUGUGACGUGCUCACGCAGUGUGGCUGCAUACCCCGCGCCUUACCGAGAUCUGCUGCUCAGCACGUGGGACGAAGGCCAACCACUUCCGACAGGAUUUCCGUUUUCAGACCCGGGCCCUUUGCCGCUGGAAAGCUUGUUUGAGGAUGGGCUCGGUCCUGGAUUCCUCUCGGGCCGUCCUUGUGGCCCUGGCGACUGCCACAUUGGAUUCAGCUUUGGAAGUGGCCUGUCUGGGGCGAACGACGUGAACGUUGCCGUGAAGGUGGGAUGCGUUGAAGUGACGCAGUCUGACGCCAGCGGCGAGUUUGCGGAAAGCCUGGAGCUGCAGUACUACGACGGCUCACAAUACAUAUCCUAUCGCCAGGCUUUCAACCUCGCUGGGGGCAUCUCCUUCGUACCGACAUUCAAUGGCACCGUCGGACUCCACGUGGACCCAAGAUGA